AUGGAGGGGCUUUGGAAGAUUUUGAGGGGGAAGGAUCAAAAGAAACCUUCCUCUUCCUCUUCCUCUUCUUCCAAAAGUAGUGGAAGUAGUAGUAGUAGCGGUGGCCCCAGUAGUAGCCAUUCUCCCUCUUCUUCUUCUUCAUCGAGUAAAUCAUCAUCAUCGUCGUCGUCUCCAACAAUAAAUAAUAAUAAUAAUAAUAAUACAGACCAAUUAACAAAUAAUAAUAAUAAUAAUAAUAAUAAUAAUAAUAAUAAUAAUAAUAAUAAUAAUAAUAUAAAUACUAAUAAUACAAUAAGAAAUCCUGCUACUAAUAAUAAUAAUAAUAAUAAUAAUAAUAAUAAUAAUAAUAAUAAUAAUAAUAAUAAUACUAAUAAUACCACAACAACUACUAAUCAUCAUCAUCACCAUCAUAAAUCAAGUCGUAAUAAUGUUGUUCAAUCAACAUUGACACAAAAUCAAUUACAACAAUUAUUUGUUCAUCCAAAAUCCAACCAAAUUAAUAUUCCAGUGUCAUCUUCAUCGUCGUCAUCAUCACAACCAUCAUCACCACCACCACAACAACCACCAUCAACUUUAUCGGCAACAUUUUCUACACUUCCAACAACUGAUGACAACAACGGAUCCGGACUUUGUCCAGAACAAGAGAAAAAAACCACCUCUUCUUCACCAAUAUCACGAUUGAUAAUCAACCCGAAAAAUAUCCGUCGAUUUUAUACCCAUUCCUACGGGCCGCCUGGCCGAAUGCCAGCAACACCUGAAUCGACGGUACUGUCUUAUGCACUCGAUCAGCAAGCUGCACAUUGA